AUGGCAAUCGGCAUUGACUUCGGGACCUCUCGCUCCUGUGUUGCUGCGUGGACGGGAGGUGAGGAGAUCACAAUCCUUCCCAACGAAUAUGGCAAGCGCACCACCCCAUCCUUCGUGGGCUACGCACAGAAGGAAUGGUUCUUGGGAAAUGCUGCGCGGAUUAUGUCCAUUAGAAACUAUGAGAGCACUGUGUUCCAUUCAAGGCAACUGCUUGGGCGCUGUUGGGACGACCCCGUCGUCCAGCGCGCCGUGAAGAUGUGGCCAUUCAAGGUCGCCAAAGGCGAGCGCGACCAACCCACCUUUGAGGUCAGUGCCCAGGGCGAGUCUAUGGCCUUUCUUCCGGAGCAUGUCUCGGCUUUUCUUCUUGCCAAGUUGCACCUCGCUGGCUUGCGAUCGGCCGGGGAAGCCUCCUUUGUGGUCAUGACCGUUCCUGCGGCGUUCAAUCACCUGCAGCACCGCGCCAUUGAGGACGUGGCCUCUAUCGCCGGCGUACAGGUCAGACAGUUCCUUCCAGCUCCCUCUGCUGCAGCGUUAGCAUAUGCGCUUCACGAGAACCUGCCAGAAGAACAGCACGUCCUCGUGAUCGACUUGGGCGCUGGCUCGAUCGAUGUGGCACUGGUGCACAUUUCCAAGGGCUUCCUGGACAUUCUGGGCAGUGCCGGCAACGAUCACUUUGGCGGCAAUGAGCUGGACAACUGCCUGGUGGGCUGCUGCCUGGAUGAGUUUCAUCACCUGCAUGGCAAAGAUGCUUCCCGCGACCUCCAAGCAAUGGCACGCCUGAGGCUCCAGUGCGAGCAGGCGAAGUGCAAAUUGUCCAUCACCGAGGAGGCGUACAUCGAGCUAGAUGCUUUCGUGGAUGGGCUGGACUACUGCAAGAAGCUGACGCGGGCAGACUUCGAGAAGCUGGCCGCAGAGUGGUUCCACAAGAUCCUGGAAGUCGUCGCGUCGUGCCUGGAGGACGCUGGGGUCGCUCGAGACGCUGUGGAUGCUGUUCUACCCGUUGGGGGCGCCACUCGCAUCCCCAAGGUCCGGGAAAUCCUGGCUGACUACUUCGGCAAGCAGCCGUACUCCGGCCUCGACCCUGACGAGGUCGUCGCUCGCGGCGCCGCUGCGCAGGCUGCCAUCCUCUCGGGCACAUUCCGGGGCGGAAGCCCGGCCAUCCGACCCAGUUUGCCUUGGAAUCUUCUGCUGGAGAAGCACACCUCUGAGCGAAGGGUGGUCAUUGCAAGGAACACCCGUCUGCCAGUGCAGAGCUGCUGUACCCUAGAACCAAGCGACGUCUCUUGGCAUCGCCACAGUGAAGCCGGCACCACUCGGUCCUGCCUGUGGCUCUACCAAGACUCCGUCUUCUUCGGGGCGGUGGUGUUUGACCGGACUCCGACCAAGGCUUUCGAGCUCCAUUUCGGCUGCGACAUGCACUGCCGCAUCACCAUCACGGUAGGCUUCCCUGGCGAAGAUCCAGACUCGUCGCCAGAGGCCCGCUUCGAGCGGGCGCGCAGUGGGCUUAGCGCCGCGGAGCUGGCCGAGUUGACAAGGAAGGUCUCUCUUUGGAAGAAGGAGUACCUUCAGCAGGAUCCCGUCAUCAUGAACCGCCUCAGGGAUGUGCAGGACGACCCCACCUACUGGGCUAUUGUGGUGGGGCAGCUCAAGAGCUUCUACCAGGAUAUCAAACACGAUCUUGACGACUACUGCCAAAGCCACCAUCGAGACGAGGAAAAGACCCACAUCUGCCACGGAUAUCCCAAGAUCUCAGCAGGGUCAGACGUUACGAUUCAAGGCCUAGCGAGUUCCAAGCUCAACGGACAGUCGGGCCUUUGCGAGCAGUGGGAUUACGGUAGCAGGUUUUGGUCCGUUCGUCUUCCGAGUGGCCGGGUGGCCAACAUCAAUGCUGCCAACCUGAAGUGCAAAUGCAUGGGCAGCACGCUUGUGGGUCAUGGCAGGAUGCGGCACCGCUGCUGGCAGGAGGGCGAUCAGCACAUAGCACAGCCACUGCGUGCCAACAUGCACACUGUUGUGGACGUCUUCAUCCGUGCGUUCACCUCUGGCACGCAAGGCUUUGCACUCAUGCUGAACUGGCGUUCGCCGAUGAAAGCCUGCGUCUUCAUCUCGCACUCGUGGAAUGAGGACUUUGGCCAGUUCGUCGCUGUCGUGCGAAGCUCCGUGCCGGGCCAUGUGCCGGUGUGGAUCUGCUCCUUCGCGCUGCCGCAGAAUGCUCCGAUUGGGUCCAUGCUGAAGCAAGACAUCCAAAGCUCGCCCUUCGCCCGGGCACUUUGUGGCACGAGGAUGGUGCUCCUGAUUGUGGACGACGUCCGGGACGGCCGCGUCGAAACGCUGAGCCGCGCUUGGUGUGUCUUCGAGUGCCACCUGGCUGUGAAGAAGCAGGUUCCCAUCCGCGUGCGAGGACCCAACAUGUCCCUGAACUUCUAUGAGAACCUGCUCCAAGCCGUGAAAGAGCUUGAUCUUCGAACGUGCAGCGCGUCCGACGAGAACGACCUGCGACGCAUUCUGGAAGAGGUGGAGCGCUGUGACAAAGGCCAUUUCGAUGCCAUCAACAAGAAUGUGAAGGAUGCCAUUUCCUGGACCAUCCACGAGAUUCUCCUGAUCAUUCGCGCAAACAAGUGA